GCUCAGUACCUAUAAUGCAUCGCCAUCUUUAAGUCGAAUUGCCAUCCGUCGUCAUUAGAACGAGAUGAUUUGUCUUCAGUAGAAUCGCGAGAUUAAGUAGUGUUAAUGACUGGCAGUGGUCGGCAAAUAAAAGAUGUUGCAACACCGAAGAUGAGUGAGAAUGCUUCUAAUGUGGCAUUUACCACAGCAGAGUAUGGAGAGUUGAUGGCUCCAUGGGCAUAUAAUGCUUCCGCCGUAACGUUGUUCUUCAUUGGGUUCUUUGGAUUCUUUCUCAAUCUCUUCGUAAUUGCAUUAAUGUGCAAGGAUAUGCAGCUGUGGACACCAAUGAACAUCAUUCUCUUCAAUCUGGUCUGCUCAGACUUUUCUGUGUCUGUCAUUGGAAAUCCUCUUACACUUUCUUCAGCCAUUUCACAUCGAUGGAUAUUUAGCAGAACGCUAUGUGUUGCGUAUGGAUUUUUUAUGUCCUUAUUGGGAAUAACUUCGAUAACGACUUUGACGGUACUAUCCUACGAGCGCUUCUGCCUCAUCAGUCGUCCAUUCACCUCUCGUAACUCUUCACGAAAAGGCGCAAUGCUAGCAGUUCUCUUCAUUUGGAGCUACUCGUUUGCGUUAACAUCGCCCCCUCUAUUUGGGUGGGGCGCCUAUACCCAGGAGGCAGCAAACAUUAGCUGUUCCGUAAACUGGGAAUCGCAAACGAAGAACGCCACAACGUACAUAAUUUUUCUGUUUGUAUUUGGACUCGUCGUUCCCUUGGUGGUCAUAAUAUGCAGUUAUACCAGCAUCAUAAUAAGUAUGCGAAAGAACGCGGCACGAGUAGGACGCAUAAAUCGAGCGGAGAUGCGAGUCACAUCUAUGGUGGCGGUGAUGAUUGCGGCUUUCAUGGUCGCCUGGACACCGUAUUCCAUCUUCGCACUAAUCGAGCAGUUCGGUCCACCGGAAAUGAUAGGACCAGGACUGGCAGUGUUGCCAGCGCUCAUUGCCAAAUCCAGCAUCUGCUACAAUCCCAUCAUUUAUGUCGGUAUGAACACGCAGUUCCGAGCAGCACUUAGCCGUGUUCGUCGCAAAGGUACGCAGGACACGGAACAGAAUACAACAACGAUGCAACGAGAGCUGACCAAAAGUAGCCGCGAUAUGAUUGAAUGUAGUUUCGACUUUUGCCGCAAAAAGAAUCGCGUAAAGCUUAGUCUGGUAAAGCCAACAACGCCGCUGGGUGGAUCUAUGAACGCCUCGAAUAUCACGCAGCCAGACAAGGACUCGGAGCGAUCUUCUGUCGACCAAUCGAUGCUGAACGUGGAACCAUCACGUGGCGACGCCUUUCCGGCAGCGCAAGAUAAGAGUGCACGCUUCGUGCGCCCGGAAUUCGAACUAUCUGUGAUCAAUAGCGGAAAAUCGAUUUUGAUUAAAUCGAAACAUUUUCGGUCCAAUCUAGUGUAA